AUGGCGGAGAUCGCCGGCGACGAGGCCCCAACGCCUCCUCCUCCUCCACCUAUCUCGGGCGAAGUCUCCAGAGACCCCAGCAGCAACGUUGGCUCAGGUUGGCAGUGUGGCACUGUGACCAGUGCAGACCUGGUGAUUGGCGAUGAGGUGUUCGAUGAAUUGCUGCACUCAGCUUUAGGCAGCGGCAGAUGGGAUGGGUCUAUGGUUUACACUGUUGUGGUUGUGGAGACUGAUGAUGCAGAGGGUAUGAGGGUGGUUGUUGGGAAGCACCGGCAUGCUUGGGUGGUUGGAAAGGCUGAUGAGGUUAAGGCUGUCUCAGUUAUUGGCAAGGUAUUUGCCAAGUAUUUCAUGAAUGGGGGUAUUGAGGAGGGUGAGGCAGGCAUUGGGAAAGGCGAGUUCAUGCCAGUUGGUUCAGAUGGAAAUGUUGUUCUAUCCUUUAGCUUGUUGAAUGCUGAUCCAAGUGAUUGGGUGUAUGAUUGGGAAUGCCCAUUAUAUUUGCAACUUCCUGAUGGCGGGCUUUCAAAAACUAAUGCAUUUAUAUCCCCUAUGUGGGGAGGUGUUCUUAUAUGGAACCCACCAGACUGUUCACUUGGUUCCAAGAGGACUCAUGGUACCUGGAAGAAAAUGUCAUCUCAGGAACUUAUGGAGACCCUCGAAAUCUUCAUUGGACAACUAAGGCAGUUGUUUGGUCUAAAACCAUCUUAUCUCUCACAAGAUAUGGGCGUGCCAACUAAAUUUGUAGUUAGUGAAAAGGGGUUCACAGAAUGGGAGUUAGAUUUAUUAUAUCGACACCAUGCAUGUUCCAAUCUGCUGUCAUGCCUCACCACGUUGGAGUCUCUAUCCAGUCUGGUCUGCUCUCUCCCAAGAAUGAUUGUCAUGGAUGAAAUUGGAAGACAGGUUGAGCUUUCUCUUGAAGCUGCAAAUUUAGCUCAGGGAAUGCAACUCUAG